AUGAUCAAUUCAGAAACUUGCGCAUCAAAUACAUUCCUGUAUUUUGCAUAUGGUAGUAAUAUGUUGUCAUUUAGGAUGAAAUUAAAUAGCUUAUCAGCAGAAUUUGUAUCUAUAGCACGUUUAGAUAAUAGUCGGCUGGACUUUAUUAGGUAUUCAAAAUUUUGGGAGGGACCAACUGCUACUGUUGUGCCCACUGCAAAUGCUCAUGUUUGGGGUGUGAUCUGGCGCUUACCUGUAGAUAAUUUGGACCGUCUUAAUGAGCAAGAGGGCAUAGAAAGAAAAAUAUACUAUGCAAAGUUUGUUCAAGUUUUAUCGCCAUAUUUAGGUAUUAUUUCCUGUCGCAUUUAUAUCCAAACAAUUAAUCCCUUACCAAUUGGAGAUAAAGAUGAAAUACCUGUAGAGCAAUGGCCAUCCUGGACCUAUAAAAAAGUAUUAAUACUUGGUGCUAUAGAGCACGGGCUGCCGCAAUAUUAUAUAGAAAUGUUAAAAAAUAUCAAAAACAAUGGACAAAAAGGAUGUUAUAAAAUGUAUUGCUUUUUGAUGCAGUAUGCAAACAGUAACAAGUCUUGUUUGUGUAUUUCGGAGCAAGCUGUUCAAAAACCGCUUCAACUGGAUUUAAGAAAAUUCAGAAUUUAUAAAUAGAUCACAGCAAAAGAGGAAAAUAAUAAGUCAUAUCAAUUAAAAAAUCACUUUU